CCCAGCCCGCGCCCCGCACUGGGUUCCGCAUAGUAUUUCAGGAGAGGAAGAUGAGCAAACCCGUCACCCCAUCCACGUACGUGCGCAACCUGAAUGUUGGGCUGAUUAGGAAGCUGUCCGAUUUCAUGGAUCCUCAGGAAGGGUGGAAGAAAUUAGCAGUUUCCAUUAAAAAACCAUCGGGUGAUGAACGAUACAAUCAGUUUCACAUCAGGAGAUUCGAAGCACUACUUCAAACUGGGAAAAGUCCCACAUCUGAGUUACUGUUUGACUGGGGUACCACAAAUUGCACUGUUGGAGAGCUUGUGGAUCUUUUGGUCCAAAAUGAGUUUUUUGCUCCUGCAAGUCUUUUGUUGCCAGAUGCUAUUCCCAAAGCUGAUACUACUUUCCCUUCUAAAGAAGCAAUAAUAGUUCCACAGAAACUGAUGCCUUUCUCUGAAAAAGAAAAGGUAUCUAUGAUACCUGUGCAAAACUUUGAACAAAAGUAUUUGCCACCGGACUCCACAAAUUCAACAAAUGAGAAUUUAGAAGUCAGUGACAUACGUUUUCAUAAUUUUUCAUUUUAUGAACUGAAGAGUGUCACGAAUAAUUUUGAUGAACGCCCCAUUUCUCUGGGUGGCAGUAAAAUGGGUGAGGGAGGAUUCGGAGUUGUGUAUAAAGGUUUUGUAAACAACCAAGCAGUGGCAGUGAAAAAACUUGCAGCGAUGGUUGACAUUAGUACUGAAGAACUGAAACAGCAAUUUGACCAGGAAAUAAAGGUCAUGGCAAAGUGUCAGCAUGAGAACUUAGUAGAAUUGCUCGGCUUCUCCAGUGAAGGCGAUGACCUCUGCUUGGUAUAUGUUUACAUGCCCAAUGGUUCAUUGCUGGACAGACUGUUAUGUUUGGAUGGCACUCAGCCGCUUUCCUGGCACAUGAGAUGCAAGAUUGCUCAGGGUACAGCUAAUGGCAUCAGUUUUUUACAUGACAACCACCAUAUUCAUAGAGAUAUUAAAAGUGCAAAUAUCUUGCUAGAUAAAGACUUUACUGCCAAAAUAUCUGACUUUGGCCUUGCACGCGCUUCUCAGAAGUUUUCCCAGACAGUCGUGACCAGCAGAAUUGUGGGCACAACAGCAUACAUGGCACCAGAGGCCCUGCGAGGAGAAAUAACUCCCAAAUCUGACAUCUACAGCUUCGGAGUGGUUUUACUAGAAAUAAUAACUGGACUUCCAGCUGUGGAUGAACAUCGUGAACCUCAGUUAUUACUAGAUAUUAAGGAAGAAAUCGAGGAUGAUGAGAAGACAAUUGGAGACUAUGUUGACUCGAAGAUGAGUGAUGCUGACUCCUCUUCCAUUGAGACCAUGUAUACUGUGGCCAGUCUGUGUCUGCAUGAAAAGAAAAACAAGAGGCCAGACAUUAAGAAGGUUCAACAACUACUGCAAGAGAUGACAGCUUAAAACCGUUGGAAUAUAUAUGCUCUUGAUUUUUUUUUCUUUUUACAAAUGGCACUUUGAACUAUUUUUCCAACUAUUUUUAUUUCCUUAAUGUUGUUAGCAAGUCAGCUUGGUGCAAUGCAGGAAGCUUUUUGUUCGACCACCAUCCCAGCAUAUGGAGACUUAGGCCUGCACACCUCUGUGCCCACAAUAAGGCCUGAAAUAUCUCCUGCAAAGAGCACCAAACACAGUUAGUAAACUGUGUGAUUCCCACAGAGAGCACUGGGCUAGAGGGGGAGAGACCCAAGCUUGAAGCUAGGUUGAUCGUAUUGCUCAUCUGCUGCAAAGCUUUGAUCAAACUCUUUGCUGCUUUCAGCCUUUAGAUAGAUUACCCCUCUUGUAGCAUUGAACUAAGAUCGUCUGUACUUCCCUAAUGAGCAGUCAUGAAAACCAAGUGAUGCAAAAUAUAUACAAGCACUUUGUACAUAGUAAAGGCACAUAGAAAGUUCAUGGAUCUUGCCAGGCAUUGGUGGCUCAUGACUGUAAUCUUAGCUCCUUCAGAGGCUGAGAUCUGAGAGUCACAGGUAGGAAAAUCCUUGAGGUUCUUAACUCCAGUUAACCACAAGAAAGCAUGGAGGCAGAGCGGAAAAAGGUAAGGGACCGCACCCUAGUUCAAGCUUCCAUACCGGCACAUACACAAAAAAAAACUUACAGAUGCAUUUACAAAUUCCUAUUGCAGUCAGGCAUUUAUAGGAUCAUGUUGAACAAUCAUUUACCACAGGUGUCCACAGAUGAUAACACCUUGGAUGGCUAAGGUAUUAUUUGAUCAUUUCACAUGACAAGAGUGAAAGGAUUUUGCACAUCCAGUAAGGGCCCUGGUCAGCUGACUUUGGAUAUCAUAAUUGAGGAAUGGGCCUAACCAAAGUUAAGAGAAUUUGCUCUUAUGAGCCUUGAAGAAGUAAGCAGCAGUUGGGGGAGACCACAUUUUCCAAAAUGUAAGAGCAGUCUCUAGAAGUCCAGAGCUACCACCCAACCAUCAGACCAUAGUUGUAUAGCCACAAAGAACUGCAUUCUGCCCAAAUCCUGCAAGAACAUGGAAGAGUACUGCCGUGUUCAGAUAACAUCCCAGAUCCGCUGACUCCUAGAUUGCUGCUUUUGGAGACCUUCAGGGUGCGGAUCUGUCAGAGGGGGUAUCAGUUAUCACAACAAUAGAAAAUGAAUACCAAGGCUCCUGUCAUCA